CUGGUGCAUGACGGGAGAUUAGAUUUGAUGAAUUUAUGAUUAGUCAAAGAAAUAUACUUAGUAAAGUUAAAAAACGGAAGUGGUUGAAUCGCAUAAUGAGUAAACGAGGCCCAUACAAGAGGUAUAUUAGUGAGACGGACAUCCCACGUAGGACAGCUUAUAGAUGGAAGAAGGAAUUGCGCUCGGAUUGGACAUCAGACGAGGUAAAUGGAAUCAGAAGCUUAUUUUUAUGAUUUUAUCAAUUUAGUCAGGCUUACGAUCAACACCGACUGUUAUGCAACACAUUAUUAUUAUGAUUUAUAGUAAAGCAUAGCUUUUUCAGAUACGGGGACACUUGCGUCCCGGUCAUGACUGCCUAAAAAUAAAAAGGACCGGGACGAUAUUUGGUAGUGUUUGUCCUCUGGACUGAAAAGUGUUUUGGAAAAUGAAGCAGGAAUUGGUAAUAAACAAGAUGAAAAUGAUGGCAGUCAGUGCCUCUCUCCUAGCAGGAGUAAAAGAGGCCCAUACAAGAGGUAUAACAGUGAGAUGGACAUACCACGUAGGACAGCUUAUAGAGAGAAGAAGCAAUUGUGCUUGGAUGGGACAUCAGACGAGAUUUUGGCGCAGAAAUCAGGAAAUGGAACAAGACAAGAUGAAAAGGAAGAUGAUCAGUACUACUGUCAAAGCAUGAAGAAAAGAGGCCCAUACAAGAGGUAUAACAGUGAGAUGGACAUACCACGUAGGACAGCUUAUAGAGAGAAGAAGCAAUUGUGCUUGGAUGGGACAUCAGACGAGGUACUGUCAGCUGAUCUUUAUUUAGAUGCCCCAGAUGGACCUUUGUUUUCUGGGGAAAUUAUCCCUGAAACAUCAGCUGAUCAGCAGGAGAAAUUUGAAGAUUUAACAGAGACAUCUAUGCACAUGAGUAAUGAAGAAAGUUGUCAUGAUGAGGUUGCAGAUCAGGUUUUGGUCCAUGAAGUUUAUUAUUCAGAAGGCCCAGAUGCUAGUUUGUCAGGAGAAAAUGAAACUAGACAAGAUGAAAAUGAAGAUGGUCAGGAUUAUUUUACAAGAGAUUGUGACAAUAUACAGCAGGAGGAGCAUGAUGAUGACCCGAGGGGAUGGAACAUUAGAGAUGGCAAUGACCCACUGUAUACAGGUGCUACAUUGAGCAAAGCACAGGGUCUUUUGUUGAUUGUGGCCUUCAUACUUCGACAUAAUCUGACAGAUGCUGCAUUGAAUGACAUGUUAAGCAUCUUGGGGGUACUUCUGCCCAAUGCAUUUCCUGCGACAAAAUAUAAAUUCUACAAAGCUUUUUGUAAUGGAGAGACCCAGGUCCACUUUUAUUGCCCAUCAUGCACCUCCUACCUGGGUAGAGAAAAGGCGAGGCAGAUCUGUGGAUCAUGUGGAGAAGCAUUUGAUGGGGAGCAAGCGAUCAAGGAUGGGACAUUCUUCUUAUAUAUCCCCAUAAAAGAACAGUUGUUGGACAUUUUACGAAAUGAUAAACUGAGUCGUCAUUUGACGAACCGCAAUAUAGAGAAAUUGUCAGCUGCCAGCGCCAUUACAGAUAUAACAAAUUCACAUCUGUACAAAAGUUUAAUCCAAAAACAUAAGCUCACUGGGAAUGACUUAACACUUACGUGGAACAGUGAUGGCAUCCCAAUCUUUAAGUCAUCUGGGUACCAAAUUUGGCCAGUGCAGUGUUUUGUUAAUGAGCUUCCCCCACAUCUUCGUUCUGAAAAUAUUCUAUUAACUGGACUUUGGUUCGGACAUAGCAAACCGAGUAACAUGAAUACGUUUUUGAGGCCUUUUAUCGAUGAAUGUAUUCAUCUUGAAGAAAAUACAUUCAGUUUUCAAGGUGUUCAACGCAGAGUUUUUCCACUAAUUUGUUGCGCAGACAGCCCUGCAAGGGCUUUGAUCAGGAACUGUAAACAGUACAAUGGACAAUUUGGGUGUGACUGGUGUGAGCACCAAGGUGAAACCGUUGUUACAGGGAGAGGUCCUCCAACAAGAUAUUAUCCGUACAGGGAGGUGCCAAUGCGUACUGAUAGCAAACAAGGGGAGUAUGCUUUGCUAGCAGAAGAAGCAAAUGAAGCUGUGAAAGGUGUAAAGGGCCUUUCAGUGAUUCAGCAGCUGCCAACAUUUGAUGUUGUAAAUGGGAUGACUCCAGAAUACAUGCAUGGUGUGUGCCAGGGAGUAAUGCGGCAGUUGACAUCACUAUGGUUAGAUCCGCCGAAUCACGAGGAGCCAUAUUAUGUGGGAAGAAGCAGUGCUGCCAUUGAUAAUAGGUUGUUGAGCAUCAGUCCCCCAUCAGAGAUUAGCCGGUCACCACGCUCAAUCAAAGAAAGAAAGUUCUGGAAGUCAUCAGAAUGGAGGUCUUUACUAAUGUACGGCCUUGUUGUUUUUUACGGUAUCUUGCCUACAGUAUACCAUCAACAUUUUUUUUUGCUCAUUUAUGGUGUGUACUGUUUGUUAGGUGAGAGCAUCACACCUACUACUAUAGCAGUGGCAGAUGCCUGCUUAGCCAAGUUUGUUCUUCAAAUGGAGGAGCUGUACAAGCUUUCUGCAUGCACAUUCAAUGUGCACCAGUUAACACACUUGGCGCAUGGAGUGAAGAUGUGUGGACCAUUGUGGGCAACUUCAGCCUUUACUUUUGAAAGUAAAAACCAUGAUCUUUUGAAAUUAUUUGCUGGAACUCAGUGUGUGCCACAGCAGAUUUGUUCAACCUUUAAUUUGAUCAGGAUAUUGCCAGCUUUGGCCAGGAAUUGUGUGACAGAAGAUCAUGAUUCUGAUGUAAUGAGUUUGUUUAAUGAGCUUACUGGCAGUUCACCUUCUAUGAAGAGUAAAAAGAUUUUGGACGAGGGGCUUUUUUCCAUUGGGAAAGGAAAGAAGACAGCAUUGACUAUUGCAGAGACUAUUUCUAUUAUGGAAUUCUUGAACUGCGAUUUAAACAACCUCUCCGCAAUCGUUUACCAUAAAUUUUGUAUGAAUAAUAUUUUGUUCUCAAGCAGUCAGUAUACACGUGCAGUGAGGCACAACAACUCGUAUGUUAAGUUUAUGGGUGGCAAGUAUGGAAGAGUUGUGGGACUUUAUGUGGUUAAACCACAUUGCAGUUGUGAGACUGAUGAGCUCCAGUAUUGCCAGUGUGCUGUACACAAUGUUGUUUUGUUAAAAGAACUUGAAUGUGUUAAGCGGGAUCUCUUCAGAGAUGUGGAACUAGGUGCAGUGUCAGAAUUUUUGCCAGAAGUUAGUGAGUCAAACCGAAUAUUGGCUAUUUCACCUGUAAACAUUAUAAAAAAAUGCAUAUGCUUGAAGUUGAGACACAGAUUAUUUUUAUGUGAGUUACCUUGCAGGUUUUAUGAUAACUAGCUCUAGUGCACAUAUGUUAUUAGAUAGUAGUUUGUUUUGCUGUGCAGAUUCAUUGAUAUUAAUUACUUAGAUUGUAUUGUUAUUAUAAAAAUAAUAUUGUGUUCUCAUGUGCAUGCGAUAUUUCACUUGGUGAUUCAUAGUUGUUUUAGCUUUAGUUAAAUUCCCUCUGAUCGAAAAGCCUUGACAAGUACUUAAUUUAAGCUAUGCACCUUGAGAAGUGUUUGAAUUUGAAAUAAACCACGAGAAAGUCUUGAAUUUCAUCAAGUUAACCCGUGAAAACUACUUAAAUUUGAUUGUCAAGCAAUUUUUUGAAAAUUAUUUCAAUUCUUGUAAUAUUAACCUAGCAGACACAUUUUAUACAACAUAUGAGAUUGCUUUUGUUUAGACAUUAAUGUGUUGAAACGCAAAGUUUUUAUGAAAUAUCACUCUGACACUCUUGUGUACAUGUAUAUAGAUGUAACUGCCUAUUUACUUACAUGUUUUCUUAGUUUUUUUAGUUUUGUCUCUAUUUGAAACUGUUCCCUAAAAUGUUUAGUUUCUGUUAAUGCUGUGCUUACACAGAUUUAAGUACCACAGUUGAUAUCAUAUUCUGACAACUCCAAUGAGCUUUGAACAAUA